AUGAACGCCGAUCUCGUAGACCUCGUUUUCCUAACCCGCUUCCAACCUUCAGCAGCUACCAUAUCCUCCUCCGUCGCAAUCGACUACGAAGACCAUCCUCACCACACAAUGUCAGACUCCAGCAACGGCGCCGCACCCGAGACGUGCCCCGUCGACCACAAGGCCCGCGAAGCCUGGCUCCAGCACGCCCGCGCCGCGAACCCAGACGCUGCGCAACCUCCUCACCCGCCGCACCCGAUACCCCCGACCCAGGCGGGGUCACCACAGUCCCAGGAUGCGCAGUCAUCAUCGUCCUGGACGCAGUCUCUACUGUCUCUGACGCCCUUCUCCUCUUCCUCGGCGCCGCCGCCAACGUCUACGAACGCCCCCGCGACACAAGCUCCCGCCGCCUCCGCCGAUGCCGCCGCUGAAGUCUGUCCCGUAGACCACAAAUCCCGCGAGGCCUGGCUCGAACAAGCCCGCACCGCCUCCGCGAACGGUUCCUCAAAUCCUCACACACCACACCCCCACCACACUCUCGAAGCCGCGCCAUCAUCACCACAGCCCUCGCAAUCAUGGGCGCAGUCCCUAAAGUCAUACAUCCCCUUCACCUCAUCAGCAACAACCACACAAUCAAACACACCAAACCUCCCACCAUCCACGCCCGCCAAAUCAGGCCUCGACACCGAGCGCGAAGUCUCGACGAUUCCUAGGACUGCGACGUCAGCGUACCCGGGCACCAGCCGCCCCUCUAAUCACGAGCAGGAAACGGGCUCGGACGAGGCGACGGGGAACUGGAUAUACCCUUCCCAAAAGAUGUUCUUUGACGCCAUGAAGCGCAAGGGCCACGAUACCCGCGCGCAAGACAUGGCGACCGUGGUGCCGAUUCACAACGCCGUCAACGAGAGGGCGUGGAAGGAAAUUAAAGAGUGGGAGGCGCCUUACCUCGAAGGCACAGCCUGCGACGGCCCCAAACUACACUCUUUCCUCGGCCUCAGCACAAACAUGUCCCCCAAGGCGCGCGUGAAUACCCUGCUGGGCUACACCCCGCCCUUUGACCGCCACGACUGGGUCGUCGACCGCUGCGGCGUACAGGUCGAGUACGUCAUUGACUUCUACGCCGGACGCCCCGACGCACGCGGCAAGCCCAGCUUCUACCUGGACGUGAGGCCGAAGCUGAAUAGCUGGGAGGGCGUAAAGAUGAGGGCUUUGAGGGGUGUUGGGUUGGCUUGA